UCGAGACUUUUAACUCCUGGCUGAUAUUUAAUGUAGACAAACGCAGAGUAUUGUGCGUAGAUACAAAAUAAAUUACCUGUUAAUAGAGAAAGGGAAACACUUAGUUCAAAGAGGCUAUUCAACUAUUACAGGUGUUUAGUUGACACCUUAUUUUCUAGAUCAUGUGGGAAAGUAAUACAUUGAUGUUAAAAUGGUACAAUUCACUGGUACGACCUCAUUUAGAAUAUUGUGUACGAUUUUGACUUCCAUGUUAUAGAAAAGAUAUUGCCCUCUAGACUCUGUCCAGAGAAGAGCAGCCAGAUAUACAUCAUGUUUGAUCUUAAGAGAAUGCCCUUAGGUAUACUUAAGGUUAUACUGAAUUACAGUACAAAUUCAAAUAGUUCAGCAAGGGAAAUAUCUUCGUUUGUUUUAUUACUAAAAAUAGUCCUUCGUGGGGUUUGUAAACUGCAGUUGCUAUUAUGAAACCAAAUUGGUAACGCUGCAGUUCGGAAAUGUUGAUCUUAAUUACAUUCCUGCCUUCCUCGCCCUGUGCGGUUAUGUCCCUCCAGAGAGGCCGAGAGCCGUGUGAAACCCGUGUCUCAGCCCUCAGACAGAAUCACACGCCCGCAUGCGCUCGGCUGUCGUCUCCACGCUGGUCUACUUCCAAGUGGCGGAAUGUCUUGAUCCCAACCCAACAAUAAAGAGGUGUUUUGUUUUUUUCCCCUUGUACAGCAUGAACGGCUGCGCAUUCUUGGUGCGUCGCGUUGUAAGCCCAACGGAAGGGCUCUAUCUGGGCUCAACAUUCAUGCAAGAGUUACAUAACUUUGCUUAAGACACUUUCGCUGCCUUGCCAGAGCCCACCCCCCCCUCCUCGAUAUUAUGUAAUGCUUGAGGGGCCAUGUGGCUGAAAAAUGGAAGGAAAAACGGGGGCCCGUCCUCCUCCGGCUGCUCAGGGUGGUUAUUGGCUGGGGAAGUGUUGCUUUUCUGUGCAAUGUGUGAGUACCAACCCCACACGUGAUCGGCCCCCCCUUGCACGGGCACGCAGGCAUAAGCCCGGCCAGUUGCUGCUCGGGGAGCGCUUGUCGGCGCUAGCUCUCUGCCACUGUGCGCGUAUAAAUACUCAUGCCUUCCCGCUGAGGAGGCAAGCGCAGCUCAGCCUCCCCGUUGUCUCGGAUUCGCGCUGGUGCGGACCAUGGCGGCUGCCCUGCCGAUCAGGCACCCCGGCAUCGAGCACUCGCGGAAACGCAUAGACCCCCGCCGGAGGCAGGCGGCUCUCUCCUUCCUCAACAACAUCUCCCUGGACGGCCGGCCGGUGCAGGACGACGACGGCGACAAUCAACCGGGCGAGGGCUCGGUCGGGGCGCUGGAGGCACGGACUAGACAGAGCCUGGUGUCGGCGGAGAGGGCGAUGUAUCCGGCCGCCGCGGCUCCGGGCCAGCCGCUGGCUGCCGCUGCGGCGAGCCCGGCGGUGGUGUGCAAUGCCCGGGCCGCCUUCGGGGUGAACUCGCUGCCGUCCCAGGUGUGCGCGGAUCCGGAAGGGGAUGCCUUCGCCUGCGGGGUGCACGCCGGCCAGCCCGUCUUCAGCUCCCCGUAUCCCGCACUGCCGGCCCCGGCUGCGAGGGGCAGGCUGCAGACUUUCACUCAGGGAAUCCUACCUGCCCCCUUUUCCAGGCAGGCAUCCCAGACUUACUGCUGCAUGGAAGCUGGGCAGAUCGGCACUGCCGCCUUUGAGCUGCAGAGAUCCAGGCGGAGACUGAUCUCCCAGCGCUCCUCCCUGGAGACCCUUGAAGAUAUAGAGGAGAAUGCGCCCCUGCGCAGGUGUCGCACGCUAUCAGGUUCACCCAGACCAAAGAGCUUUAAGAAGGUUCACUUUAUCAAGAACAUGAGACAGCAUGACACACGCAAUGGAAGGAUAGUCCUAAUCAGUGGCAGAAGAUCCUUCUGUAGUGUAUUUUCUGUGCUGCCGUAUCGAGAUUGUAGCCAAGCAGGGGAGCUGAAGCUGGACGGCGGGCGCCAGCGCCACCCGUCCGGAGGCGUCAGUGCCAAGGAGAUGGUGAUCGGACUGGAGGGCGUGGAGCUGGGGGCCGACGGCAAGACUGUGUCCUACACCCAGUUCCUCUACCCCACCAACGCGCUGAGCGGCCGGAGGAACACCAUCGACUCCACCUCCUCCUUCACCCAGUUCCGGAACGCCAGCCACCGCAGCCUCAGCCUGGCCAGGACCAGCAGCACGCAGGGCAGCAUCGACGCGGGGAAUGACCUCGGUGACCUCCUGGAGUACGACCCCAACCUCCUGGACGACCCCCAGUGGCCGUGUGGAAAGCACAAGAGAGUACUGAUCUUCCCCUCGUACAUGACCACAGUAAUUGAGUAUGUGAAACCCUCAGACCUCAAAAAGGACAUGAACGAGACUUUCAAGGAAAAGUUCCCUCACAUCAGACUCACCCUCAGUAAGAUAAGGAGCCUGAAGAGGGAAAUGCGCAAGCUGGCGCAGGAGGAGUGCGGCUUCGAAGAGCCCACAGUGGCCAUGGCCUUCGUGUACUUCGAGAAGCUGGCUCUCCGGGGAAAGCUGAACAAGCAGAACCGCAAGCUGUGCGCCGGGGCCUGCGUGCUGCUGGCAGCGAAGAUCGGGAGCGACCUCCGGAAGCAUGAGGUGAAACAUCUGAUCGACAAACUGGAGGAGAAGUUUCGUCUGAAUCGCCGUGAGCUUAUAGCUUUUGAAUUCCCGGUACUGGUUGCUCUCGAGUUCAGUCUCCACCUCCCCGAACAUGAGGUGAUGCCUCACUACAGACGGCUGCUCCAAAACUCCUAGCGCUGGCUGCUCGUCAGGAGGGUGCCGCCGGCACGCUCCUGAUCUGUCUGUCCCUCAAUCCUCAAUCCUCGAGGACUCUCCUCCGUUCUGGAAAUGGCAAAACAAUCAUGAGCUUCAGAUUCUUAUCUGUACACAACUCUGGACAGCAAACAGAGCCUACAGUGGGUGGCUGUGACCUACAUGGGACUCCUUGCUUCACUUUUUUAUUUUCGGUUUCAGAAUCGACUUGCAUUUUUAAUCCUCUUGCAGCUCCUACUCAUUUUAUUUUUUUGGAUCCAUCUCGUUGCUAAGGGUGAAAUACACAGCUUCUUUAAAAAAAAAAUUCCAGUUGGCGUCUGAACUGUUGUAUGAAGAAAAUUAAAGAAGAAACCCUUCUUUUCAAUGGACAGCUGCACAUUUCUUACAGAAUUUUUAUCUGCCUGAGAAAGGACAUAAAGAAUUCAGUUUUGUUUGGCCAAAGUUAGACAGAUAGCCUGGGGUUUGGGCUAGGAAGAUUUUAAGCUUUUGUUUUGUCUUGGUGUGUUGUUUUGCCUUCAAGUUUUUUUUUACAAAAUGAGAACAAAACCUGGCUAAAGGCCACAAAUCUCUGGCUCUCAUGCAUUGAAAGGAUUUUUAACCACAGUGAUUUUGUUCUUGUGUAUUUUGUAUUCAAUUACUUAUCAUCAGAAGUGCACUUUUUCUGGGUACUAUGGAGACAAAUUGAUGUCUGCAGACUCUUUCUGGGUAAAUUUAUGUUUUCUAAUGAUUAAUGAAACGGCUUUGAAAUGUGAGAGUAGUUUCCAAAGUUCACUGAACAUUUUGAUAAAUGUUUUUGUCAUAUUGAUUCCAUUUUAUGGGGUCCAUUUCAAUUGCUUUGAUUUCAUCUUCAAACAUUCUGCCUUGUCUUACUGUUACAUAUUUUACAGCCAGCAUUUUCUUCUUUCAGUAUUAUAACUAGUUUAAACCCUAUUUUGAAAAAAUACCGCAUUUUAUUAGAAGGGGUUCAUACAAUGCAGUAAAAUUCAGUACUUUUUUUAUACUUUUCUUGUAAAUCAUUUCCACAUGUGGAGAUUAGAACUGCACUCUUUAGUGUCUGAUUUCCUGUGCUCUAUGUUAGAGUGUAUUAAUUAGCACAUUAAUUGUGCUAUACCUUAGGAGGGGCAAAAAAGUAUCGUAUGUCCUGUUGAAAGAGUUGUAGGAUUGUGUAGAGGACAGGACUGCCAGCAGGAACAACUCUGUACUGCUGGCAGUGAUGUACUGUUUAGGACCACACUGUUGUUUGCCUCUUCUGUUUUACAUCCUACAUUACUCUAAGGAAUAUAUAAAACCAUAUCAUAAGACUAAAUGCCACGGCUCUCCAUAUAAACAGAACUCUUGUCUACUUCUUUGUGUAGCAUUAAUACCUUGGCUAAGUCACUUCUUUGCUGUUUGAGUAUGAAUAUUAGUCAUUCAACUGUUUAAACAAAAAUCAAAAAGUGUUCUUUUUGGAAAGUCGGACUGAUUGAAUGUAAAAUCCUGCUUUUCUGAGCAGUAAAUAUACCUGUCAUUAAUCUGCA